UACAGGGCUACGGCGCCAGCUACAAAAAGGCGAAAUAGAAUAACAUAGCAAACGUUACUAUGUCUUACUGCUUAAGACUGUUGUUGGUUUUGAUAUUAUGUGUAAAACAAGAGGCGGAGUUAGCUAUAGCGCUCCGAAAGUUCGUCUAUCAGAAGGAUAUGUCGGAGUACUGCCGGAGGCGUGUCAUGCCUUCAGUGUUCCUGGGCAGACAAGUAAUCGAAGCCUAUUCACAAAUACUACACUUUUCUCGAUUGGAACUGCCUUAUAGUUGCUUUGUUAGUAUUAGGACAGAAUCAGGGAGUAAUAUAAUUUUGGUAAUUCAACUCAUGUCCGACCAGAGCUUGAUUGAUUCUUGUCGCGAAAGUAGUAAUCAGCUGCUGGUGUACGAGUUAGGAGAGACAUUCGGUGGGUACUGGGGGGCGUUGCCGGAUAGUGUGAUGAAGAUGGAACCAACCAGUGACGAAAUCCCGUAUACAUUGAAAACCACUCAAACUACUACAACCAAAACUACUACUAAACGCACAACAAAACGGCGGACUUGGUCCACUACCGGGAGUUCUAAGGAUGCGUUGAAGAAAUCUACCAGCCAGCAAGACACCAUAGUCUUUGAGUUUCCCAUACUCAAUGUGUCUGCGACAGUGGUGCCGGGAAGGAUUUCCGUAGAUAGCGAUUUCGAACCCCUGGAAGCUUUUGACGAAGGCGUUCAUGUCAAAACAUGGCCCGGCGUGAGUUACAAGACCAAAAUUCUGCCGCUAGUUCAAUUCUCGUUGGCAGAUGUGGUGAAUGCUCGGCGCACGACGGAGGAAGCAGCCGCUCCUCGGUACGAGGUGGACUUCAAUGCUGACCUGCUGUAUAAAUCAGAUCCUAGCAUGAAAUUUCCGCUACUGCAGUUACCUGUCAAGAGCAAACCACUUAACCACUAUAAAUUCAAUGUUAACAGCAGACUCGAUUUCAAGAAAAACAAGAAUUUGCUACGUGAAAAAGAAGUCAAGAAAUUCUAUGAAACUCCACCGUAUGUCCAAUUUCCAAUGGACUCGCAGGGACCAAGCGACAUUUUCCCUACAUCAAAUGACAUACAGACAAAACAUACUACACAUUCUUGGGACGAAGUGAACGCCAUCUUGAAAAAUCUCAGCAAAACUAAAGACGAUGUUCCAAAUAAGAAAGUUGAUGAAAAUCUGGCGAAUCUACUGCAGGGGCUUGCUAAGAUUGGGCAUAAUGAAAAUGUUAACUUAGUGCCAAAUGCUUCAUGGUACACUCGACGAGUCACCAGUACGCCUCGGCCUGCCACCAUAAUGUACCAAACAGGCUCCAUAACAUGGAGGCAGCCUUCAGCCAGUUACAGGACAAAUUAUUUCGAAGAGAUUGAAGACUCAUCAGCAUUCGAGAGAAUGACGCACGAAGAUAAUAAAUCGAUCACUUUAGACAUGACUACGAGUAUCAAUGAUUAUGUAACUUUACUGCCCCCUGUUUUAGAUGUCGACCAAAUCAUCCUUAACGGUAUUCAUUGUACCAGUAUUGUAUCAUUCUCAAAAAAUGGCGAUGAAAGUCAAAAUCGUCUUAUGCAUGUUUACAGCUACGCAGCAGAGGAAUGCAUAUCGUAACGCAAGUGGCUUCCCAGAAAUAACUUCAGAAGAUAGUGGCAAAAUAAAAACUACAUCUGAAACCAUGAAACCCGUGACUCUAUUGGACCAUGAAUCGUGGGAGAACAUGGUGCACGCUGCUCCUCGUAUGGCUGUGGUGCUGAACUCCGUUACCUCCAGCGAGAGUAACACGAAACACGUAACGAACGUUACACUAUUGGGACCAAAGAAUACAGAGAGGCGUAAGAAGCGGUUCAUUCACGCGAUCCCGAUCGAGCACGCGAAGCCGCGUCGCAUUCCCGUCAAUCACGAGGUGCCCCCGUCCACUGAGCCCGUCGACAGCGUCUCCGACGCCCAGGAGUUUCAACGACUCAUUGAAGUUCAGGACGAUGAGGCGCAAGACCGCGUGGCCCUACGCUACCUGGGACAGUACGUGGGCCCCGCGCUAUUCAAUAUCUGCGACUUCAGCGAGGCUACUGCCAGAC